AUGGAGGGGAGAAGAGGAAACGGGGGCCCAGAGAGGUUUAGGGAGCAGCCCCCGGCCGCACAGCGGGCACCGGACUCGAACCAGGGUUUUGGGACGCCCGGCCGGGUGUUCUUGCCGCCUCUCUUAGCGAAGGUCUUCGCCCUGAUCGAGUUCUCCUGCAUCAUCGGGGAAGGGUACACCAACUCGCACGACUCCGAGUCCUCCCACUGCGUCUUCAACAAGAACGAUGACGCCUGUCGCUACGGCACCGGGGUGGGGAUCCUGGCCUUCCUGGGUUCCCUGGCUUUCCUCACCGUCGACGUCUAUUUUCCCCAGAUCAGCAGCGCCAGUGACCGCAAGCACCUGGUCAUGGCGGACCUGACCUUCUCAGGGGUCUGGACCUUCCUGUGGUUCGUCAGCUUCUGCUUCCUGACCAACCAGUGGGCCGCCACCAACCCCAAGGACGUCCUGGUGGGGGCCGACUCGGCCCGAGCGGCCAUUGCCUUCAGCUUCUUCUCCAUCUUCUCGUGGGGCCUGCUGACCUACCUGGCCCACCAGCGCCUGAAGGCGGGCGUCAGCUUCCUCCAGAACUACGCCGACCCCACCCCCGAACCCGGAACCCCCUACCCCAACGUCGCCGCGGACAACUACCAGCAGCCGCCCUUCACCCAGACCGUGGAGCCCACCGAGGGCUACCAGCCACCUCCUGUGUAUUAAGCCGGGGGGAGGGAGGGAGGGAUGAGGUUUGGGGUGGGGGGUGCUUGCCCCCUGCCCUCCCCCUAAGGCCCACAAUUCAGGAAG